AUGGACUCGCAAUGGCACCACCUCCCCCCCUCCCUCCUCGAACUCCAAAUCGGCCAAAUCGACCUCCUCCUCGCCAUGUACCCAGACGACCUCACCCUCUCCGACUCCGCAGACUCCACGCUCUCCAUCCUACGUGACGGCGAUAUAGAAAAAAGCCAAGAAGCCAUAAAAUCCGACCCAAGCAUCUCGGCUACUCUGGACCUCUCCAUCCCUUCUCCCCCGGAAACAACCCCAUCAAGCACAACUCCGCAAACCCUCCGCUUACACCUCACCAUCCCAUUCACCCACCAAGGCGCCACAACCCCCACAGACCCACCACCCGUCAAAGUCCGAGUCCAACAACCAACCUGGCUCAACAAAUCCCAAACCAACUCCCUAACUUCCUCUCUGCCCAACCCAGACGACCUCCUCGACACCCUCGACGUCAUCCUCGAAAAAUCCCGUACCCUUCUCUCCUCUCCCACCCCCUCUUGCCCCCCUUCUCAACCAUCAUCAUCACCAUCACCAUCAUCAUCAAUUGAACCCCUAGUCCGCGCCUGGUUCCUCUUCCCCUCCAUCUCCACGCGCUCCAAACGCGCAGACCUCACCACCUGCGCCCCGCUCUACUCCCUAACGGGCUUCCUGUUCGCUGGCAAACCCGGCGUCUUGUGCGUUGAAGGCGCGUCGGCCGAUAUAGAUGCGUAUAUGCGGUUUAUCAAGACGGAGAGUUGGGGGGAUAUUCCGGCGUAUCAGAAGAAGGUGACGGAGAGGUGGAGGGAGGUCGGGGUGGAAAGGAGGGUGUUUGAGGGGAUGAGGGAGAUUACCGGGGAGGUGGGUGAGAGGAGGGGGGAGAGGGGGAUGAGGGGAGAUAUGGGGGGAUUGGAGGAGUGGUUGGUUGGACGGGGGAGGAGACGUCUUUUUUUUCGGAGAGGAGCCGGGUGA